CUUUCUUUGUUGUUUCUUUCUUUCUUUCCUUCCUUUGCCUUCUAUAUUUCAUCCCCCAAAUGCUUCAUUUUUCCCUCACUAACACCCACAAAAAUGUCUGACUCUGCUCCUUAUGAGGUGGAUGAAUGCAGAGGAGUCCUUCGCGUUUACAGCGACGGCUCUAUCUGGCGUUCUACUGAGCCAAGCUUUAAGGUUCCUGUGCAUGACGAUGGUUCUGUUCUAUGGAAAGAUGUCCUUUUUGAUCCUUUGCAUAAUCUUCACCUCCGCCUCUACAAGCCAGCUUCACCUUCUUCUUCCGCUAAGCUACCAAUCUUUUAUUACAUCCAUGGCGGCGGUUUUUGCAUUGGUUCUCGAACUUGGCCUAACUGUCAAAACUACUGCUUUAAGCUUGCUUUGGAGCUUCAAGCUGUGAUAAUUUCUCCAGACUACCGAUUAGCGCCAGAAAACCGGCUUCCGGCUGCUAUUGAGGACGGGUUCAUGGCUGUGAAAUGGCUUCAAGCUCAGGCUCUGGCCGAGGCGGCGGAUUCGUGGCUGACUGAGGCGGCAGAUUUUGGUAAGGUUUUUAUUUCUGGUGAUUCCGCCGGUGGGAAUAUUGGUCAUAAUUUGGCUGUUCAGCUUGGGGCUGGUUCGCCGGAUUUGGCUCCUGUUCGGGUGAGGGGUUAUGUGCUUUUGGCUCCGUUUUUCGGUGGGACUGUUUGGUCUAAAUCAGAAGCUGAAGGACCAAAAGAUGCUUUCCUCAAUUUGGAGCUCAUUGACAGGUUUUGGAGACUAUCCAUUCCCAUAGGGGAUACAACUGAUCAUCCUUUAGUGAACCCAUUUGGACCACAAAGCAAGAGUCUUGAAGCAGUAGAACUUGAUCCAAUCUUAGUAGUGAUGGGAGGAAGUGAUCUGCUGAGAGAUCGAGCCAAGGAUUAUGCAGAGAGACUGAAAGCUUGGGGAAAGAAGAUCGAAUACAUUGAGUUUGAAGAACAACAACAUGGGUUUUUCACCAUUGAUCCUAACUCAGAACCAGCAAGCAAGUUGAUGCUAAUUAUCAAAACUUUCAUUUCUGAAAAUUCCUGCUAAAGAAUUCCAUCUGUAAGCUUACAUAUAUUUUAUAUAUGUGCUUGUCCUUCUUAUUUGAUCUGCAAUGUUUCCUCAAUUCAUAUGAAUAAAAGUUGCAAAUGUUAAUGCUAAAA